AUGGCACGUGAUGUUCCCAUUUUUGCCGUAGUAAGUUUACAUAAGCCAGGGGCGCAGCCAAUCAGCAAUCGGAAAUCUGGCAGCUGGAUCGGAGUUUGUUCUCUGUCUCCGCCGACGCAUAUUCGAGGUUCUUCUUUUCCGGCGCCUCCAUCAACAACAUAUAAAAACCAACAACUCUUCCACCUUCCUACCGCAGAAUCGAAUUUCAUCAAACUACACCUUAUCUUUCCGCUUUUCCAACACAAAUACACUCACCAAAAUGCCUCGUCAACGCCGUGCGCCCCCAGCAGACCUACCGUCGCUCCCGCAAGACCGGCUGCUGCCCCCGCUGCUCAGCACCACCAGCCUCACUCGACCGCUGCUCACCCUCCUGCCCAGGCUCAGCAGGCUCCUCCUCCUAUGGCCCCUGUUCAGCAGAGCUCUGGCCCCGGACUCUUCGGCCAGAUGGCUUCGACCGCAGCUGGUGUCGCAGUUGGUUCCUCUAUCGGACACGCCAUCGGCGGCCUGUUCAGCGGCGGUUCCUCCAGCAGUGCCCCUGCUGAGGCCCAACAGGCUCCUCCUCCCGCUCAGGCUCAGCCUAUGGACAACGGACUGUGGCAGAGCAGUGCCACCAACAGCUCUUGGGAGACUCCUGCUUGCGAGACCGACGUUCGCAACUUCCGCAAGUGCCUGGAUGAGAACCAGGGCAACAUGACUAUUUGCGGAUGGUACCUUGACCAGCUGAAAGCCUGCCAGGCUGCUGCUAAGCAGUACUAAGCGACAUCGCUUGUUCUCGCAUGCUGUUACAUUUUCUUUGGAUAAAUGACAUCAACUUUGGGUGAGACAUGGCCCUGGCGCAAGCCUGGCUAGCUUUGGAAUGGGUGUCGACGAUUUUUCUUUGCAUGGCGGCGUAAUACCUUUACUCUACUGUAUACCAUUCUCCCAAGGGAGCCACUUCUGUUCUUACAAACUUCUUGUCUGCGUCUAUUCGACUCAUUGGGCCGAAGACGCAGGAGGAAGCCAGAAAAAAAGUUGAAAACAGGAAACCAAUGAGAUGAAAUUCCACUCUUCGAACAGAUACCACAUUUUUUGCCAAAGCUGAGUAGCAUGAUAGUG